AUGUCCGACGAGACAAUCAUGCAACAAUCAGUCCCUCCCUCUCACCUUAACCUCCGCCCCCUCCGCGUCCUUAUCAUUGGCGCCGGCAUCGCUGGCCCCUCCGUAGCCUACUGGCUGACCCGUCUGCCGCCCCCCUUCAAAUGCGAAAUCACCAUCGCCGAGCGCCAUCCGACCUUGCGUGAUGCCGGCCAACAAAUCGACAUCCGCGGUCCAGGCAUCAAAGUCAUGCAGCAAAUGGGCAUAGACGAGCAGGUUCGUGCCUGUGCAGUCGACGAGCCGGGUGUGUUGGUUUUGAAUAGGAAGGGGAAGAAGGUAGCGUUCUUUGCCGCGGGUGGAAUAGAGAAGAAGAAGGGUGGGGAGACGAAGAAAAAUGAGAGUAAGGCGUUUUCUGCGGAGUGGGAGGUCAUGAGGAAUGAUUUGGUCAAUGUGUUGUAUGACUUGACGAAGGAUCGGGAGGGGGUAAAGUAUCAGUUUGAGAAGGAGUUCGUCGCCAUGGGGUAUGAGGGGCAUCCUUUAGGGCCAGAGAAGGGGGUUAAGGUGUGGUUCAAGCAGGAUUUGUUCAACUCGGAAACGUAUGACCUUGUUAUUGGGGCUGAUGGGGUUGGGUCGAAGGUCAGAGGAUGGAUAAGGGGUUCUGGUGAGGAUAAGGACGAUGUUUUUGAUGCUGUUGACAUGGCAAUGGCGUUCUUCACGAUUCCAGGGAAAGAAGAUGACCCAAAAGAAUUUACAUGGUGUCAUCUUCCAGGAAGGAGACUGAUCAUGACGCGGCACGAGAAGCCAGAGUAUCUACGGGUCAUCUUCGCUGUCGUUGGUGACCACCCCGAGCUAAGAGAAGCGCAUAAGAACGGAAGUGUGCAGCAACAAAAGGAAGCCUGGGCAAAGCUGUUCGAGCCUGACAGGAAUGAGUCAUGGCAGGUUGCGCGAUACCUGGAUGGGUUGUUUAACUCGACUGAAGCAAACGAUUGGUGGGCGCAUGACCUGGCACAGGUGAAGAUGAAGAAAUGGAGUUGGGCUGAGCGUGCUGUUUUAGUAGGCGAUGCGGGCUACUGCCCGACGCCUGCCACAGGCAUGGGUACGACAUUGGCCUUUGUUGGGCCCUAUAUACUGGGAGGAGAGAUUGCAAGGGCGUGCAAAAAAGUUAUGGCUGAGGGGAAGUGGGAUGGAAAUCCAUGGAGUAACACGAUUCUUCCCGAAGCACUGGAGGGAUAUGAAAGUCAGUUGCGUCCUUUGGUGACGGAGAUCCACAGUCUGAACAUCAAGAAAUUCAUGAGACUUUUCUUGCCCGAGAAGGCGUGGCAAAUUGGCUUGUUCCAUGCCAUGGCCCGCUUCAUCAAGAAGACACCGAUCGACAACAUUCCUGCAUUAGGAAAAGAGGGGAAGAAAGCUUGGAGACUCCCUGACUAUUCCGAAGUCUUUACACCCGAGGGCUAG